AUGUGUGAUUUUACAUUUUUGAUAUCAAUGAAUACAGAUAUAACAUAUGAUCAAUUAGUGAGAACAAGUUCAUCUCUUUAUUUAAAUAUAAAAAAUGAAUUGAAACAAUUGUUAGUGUACGCUUGUUUGUCUUUGAAUCAUAAUAAUGGUGAGAAGUUUACAGAUUAUUGUUUAGAUUUAAAAACGGUUUACAAUCUCUAUGACUUCAACAAUCCAUCGUUGAACAACAUCAUAGAAUUACUUAGACAAUCGUUUAUUCACUCUUUGAAACAUAGAGAUACUCAACAACAACAACAACAACAACAACAACAACAACAACAACAACAACAACAACAACAACAACAACAACAUUAUAUAGAUAACAUAUCAUUUAAGAAUACAUUCCUAAAUAUUCAUUUGAAUAAAACAACAAUCUAUUAUCAAUUCUUUAAUUUUCUAUCAACAACAUAUAACAACACCAAUAGUAAUAAUAAUAAUAAUAAUAAUAACAAUAACAUCAUUGAUAACAGUAACAAUGACAAUUAUGAUAAUAAUAAUAGCAAAUUAUAUACAUAUAGUUUAGAAUAUAGAAUAGAUAUAUUAUCUAUUAUUAAUGAUAUACAAUGUUUAAGAUUAUUAUUUACAGGUGAUAUACUUAAGAAUAUUUGUAAGAUAAAGAAUCAUAAAGUACAACAAAUAAUAUAUCUAUUGGAUGAUACUCCUCAAUUUAUAAAGCUUGUUAAAUUAAUAAAUAGUGGCUAUAAAUCUGGGAAGUUGACAUCUUUAGAUUAUCAAUCGAUAUUACCAUUUAUUAAAAAUAAAGAUAUAGAUAAUGAUGAUGAUGAUGAUAAAGAUCAACAAAUAGAUACAAUCAUAUACAAUAAUAUAAAAUCAAUUCUUUUAGAUUCAAUUAAAGAUUAUCUUUCAAAAUUUGGAAUAGAUAAUAAUAAUAUAGAGUUUAUAUUCGAAUCAGAUUCAUCCAAUUUUGAUUCAAUCGAACAUUAUUUUAAUUUAUUAUCAAGAUCUGCACAUCAAUUUAUAAAUAAUAAUAAUAAUAAUAAUAAUAAUAACAAUAGUAGUGACAGUAAUAAUAAUAAUAAUCCAGUAGUAAUUGAUUCAAAACUCUAUGAUUUAAAUGAAGAGUUAAAAGUUAGAUAUAAUAUAUCAUCAGAGAUUGGAUACCUUCCACUUAGAUUGGAGAGUGGAGAGUAUUCUUCCUAUUUCAAAGAAUUGCUAUUUCUGUUGAAAUCAUGCAACAAUGAGCUCUAUCAACCAAACGACAAGGUCAAUGAAUUGGUGGAAGAUGAAGAAGAAUCAAAUAUAGUUCAUAUACACAUAACAAUGAACAACCAAUUGUUUAGAAUGAAAAAGAAUUUGAUUACAUUGGAAUUACUUGGAUUUAAUAUUAGCGAUAAUAUGUUUGUUGUACCAGUAGGUGAAAUCAUUUCAAAGAAUAUGGUUGGUGACUUUCAAUCGAUGUUUGAUCAUCUAUCCAAUGAAUUAAUGGAAUUGCUACCUGAGGAGAUAGAGUCAAAACAUAGAGAGGAAAUUAUACAUCAUCUAUCGAUUUCAAAUAUUAAGUCACCUAUUCUUUUUAGAAAUUACAAGGCAAACUUUACAUUGGAUUAUAAUGAUAUUAUGACAAUUCAAAGUAAUAAGUCAUCUUCUAUCUUUUAUAAUUAUUGUAGAAUCAAAUCUAUUAUCAAAGAUUUCAAUGAGAUAGUAUCUAAAGAUGAAUUCGAAGCUAUCAUACCUGAAUAUAAUGAUUAUAACUAUUUAAAUGAUAAAUGUGAAUGGAAGAUAUUGAUGGAGUAUAUACUUGAAUUAACAAAUCUAAUAGAAUCAAUAGUGUUACCAAUACCAAAUAAACAACAACAACAACCAAUCAUAUUAGAUUCACUAUCAACACAUUCAAUCUAUGAAUUUAUUAAUAAUUUGAUAAAAGAAUAUAAGAAUAUAUUUAGAUUACUGAUGAAUAUUAUCGGAUUUUCAACAUCUUUUUCAAGGAUCUGGCAAUGGUAUAAGAGAUGUUUGACAAAUGCACCACUUCGAACUAAAUGUCUAACAAGCGGAGGUGAUACGGUAGCACAAAAGAUUGAAAAUAAACCAAAACAUAAUCUUGAAAGAACCUUUAUGAUGUCAACCAUUGGAAUGUGUGUUAUAUCACCUCAAAUUCAUUAUUGGUUCAAAAUACUUGAUAGGACAUUCGUUGGAACAUCUAUACCUAUGACCGUAUCGAAAUUGGUUGCCGAUCAACUUUUAUUUUGUCCCUAUAUAAUCAGUUGUAAUUUUGCAGCUGUCAAUCUAUUUAAGAAUCGUGGUCGUUUCGACUUUGACGCUUUCCAACUCAAGAUAGAAAAUGAUCUUUUCCCAUCAUUAAAACAAGCAUGGACAAUAUGGCCAGCAGUAAACUUUGUAUUGUUCAAAUUUGUACCUAUAGAUUAUAGACUUUUAAUAUCAAAUAUAGUUAGUAUCUAUUGGAAUUGUUAUCUUUCGAUGAUGGCCAAUAGAAAUGUUGUUGCUAAAUCAACCGAUACUGAUGAUAGUAACCCUGAUAGCAAUAAUAGUAAUUCAACAACCAUUAUAAAUACAACAUAA